UGCAUCUCUUAUUGUUUGACUUUGUAUCUUCCUAUCGUCCUUUAUCUCUAUCACUAUACUUCACUCUCAUUUUUUUCAUAUCACACACACAUAUGGCCACUUGUCCCCCCUUUGAUUUUUCCGACAAAUACUACCACACUUCCGGCAACAGUUGUGUCCGGCAGACCAGUUUCUUCGCCGGCAAAGCCGUCCUAAACCAAAGUGUCGGGUACUCCGUUAUUCUCGGCUUCGGUGCCUUCUUCGCCUUCUUCACCUCUUUCCUGGUUUGGUUAGAAAAACGUUAUGUUGGAGCACGUCAUACGUCGGAGUGGUUCAACACCGCCGGAAGAAACGUUAAAACCGGACUCAUAGCAAGUGUUAUUGUAUCUCAGUGGACUUGGGCUGCAACUAUAUUACAAAGUUCAAAUGUAGCCUGGCAGUAUGGAGUCAGUGGCCCAUUCUGGUACGCCAGUGGUGCCACCAUCCAGGUACUCCUGUUUGGUGUAAUGGCCAUAGAGAUCAAACGAAAGGCCCCUCAUGCUCAUACUGUUUGCGAAAUCGUUAAAGCUCGAUGGGGGACGGCUGCACAUCUCGUGUUUUUGGUGUUCUGUUUCAUGACAAAUAUCAUAGUUACGGCAAUGCUGCUUCUUGGUGGCUCUGCGGUGGUCAAUGCACUCACCGGAGUCAAUAUUUAUGCCGCCAGUUUUCUUAUACCUCUAGGAGUGAUUGUAUAUACCCUUGCUGGAGGAUUAAAGGCCACUUUCUUGGCUAGUUAUAUACAUUCUGUUAUAGUGCACUUGGUGCUAGUCAUCUUCGUCUACUUAGUCUACACGUCUAGCAGCGAGCUUGGUAGCCCAAGUGUCGUUUAUAGACGUCUAGCAGAAGUCUCAAGCCGAUCUCGAAUAUGUCAAGAACCCAUAUCCCACAAUGGGCAAGCUUGCGGCCCGGUUUCUGGAAACUACCAAGGAUCUUACCUAACAAUGUUGAGCUCGGGCGGACUAGUUUUUGGUAUAAUCAACAUUGUCGGUAACUUUGGUACUGUUUUCGUCGACAAUGGGUACUGGGUGAGUGCCAUUGCGGCUAGACCAUCGUCGACUCAUAAAGGGUACUUGUUAGGCGGGCUCGUGUGGUUCGCUGUGCCGUUUUCAUUGGCUACAUCACUUGGUUUAGGAGCUCUAGCCCUUGACCUUCCAUUAACCGCAAGUGAAGCGAGCCAUGGGCUUGUUCCUCCUGCUACAGCUAUGGCUUUGAUGGGCAAAGGGGGUUCUGUUCUUCUUCUCACCAUGCUUUUCAUGGCUGUAACAUCUGCUGGUUCUUCCGAAUUAAUCGCAGUUUCAUCACUAUGCACAUACGACAUCUACCGCACAUACAUCAACCCUGACGCCACGGGCAAACAAAUCCUGAAAGUUUCUCGAACAGUCGUGUUCUCGUUCGGAUGUUUCAUGGGAAUCCUAGCAGUCAUACUAAACAAAGCCGGGGUGUCCCUCGGCUGGAUGUACUUAGCCAUGGGCGUGUUCAUCGGGUCAGCUGUUAUCCCAAUCGCCUUCUUGCUCCUAUGGCGAAAAGCCAAUGCGUUUGGAGCCAUCCUAGGCACCAUAGUCGGGUGUGUUCUUGGGAUCAUAACUUGGUUAUUGGUUACUAGCGUUGAAUAUGGUCGGGUCAACUUAGAUACGACAGGAAGAAAUGCACCUAUGCUUGCUGGGAAUCUAGUUUCGAUCCUCACCGGUGGUGCGGUUCAUGCUAUAUGCAGUUUCUUGAGACCUCAAAACUAUGACUGGGAAACCACGAAGCAGAUCACGAUUGUUGAGAAGGAAAAGAGUGAACUUGCAGUUGACGAGUUUAAGGAGGAGAAGCUCAUUAGCGCGAAGAAAUGGAUUGUUAAAUGGGGCGUCGGUUUUACCUUCGUCAUCGUCGUAUUAUGGCCAUUAUUUUCACUUCCGGCAAAGGAAUUUAGCAAAGGAUACUUCACCUUUUGGGCUGUUGUAGCAAUAGCAUGGGGUACAAUCGGGUCGGCUGUGAUCAUCAUUCUACCACUAGCCGAAAGCUGGCAGACGAUUCAAAGUGUGAUGAUGGGAAUGUUUACAAAUGAUAAACUUGUUGAGAAGAUUGAUGAACUUAAUUUGAAGCUGGAAACCAUCAUCAAAGCUGUACCUGAUGCUGAGAGGAUCUAUUUGCUUGAAAAGGGGAAGAUCAAGAAGGAUGAAACAUCUAUGCAAACGGGCCACAUUUCUUAACAAGAAUAAAGAUUGAUGUUUGAUCAAUUAUGUUUCAUUUUGAAGCACAGUUUAUAGGUUAUAUACUUAUAUCAUUUUAAUUCUGUCAUGUUUGUAUUUAUCCUCACAUAAAGUAAAUAAGAACCCGAAAUUGAUAAUCA